CAGAAGCGACGUUUUAUGUUGCGUUUCGGAACACGUGAAUGAAUUAGAAUUCAAUGGAUACGGCUUGUCUGUCAAAUAUACCAAUGUUGUUACGAUACUUCUUUUAAAAAUAUCUCAUAUUCUUUCACGGAUGUGUGCAAUGUUACAACUGGUAUUUAAUCUUUCCUCCCAAGAUUCUCGGUUACAAAACUCGAGAAACCUGUUCACUAAGAUAUGAACAAAGCCUACACAUGGCAAUAAUAUAUGUCAAUGUAAUCAAAGAUGCCAGUUCUUAAGGACCAACGCUUCCGUUGAAGUGUUUGAGUUCAAGAGGCCUGCUAAGGCACAAUGAAAGCCAUUGUAUCAAUUACAUUGAUUGUGCUACUGUGUGGGAUAAACUCGGUGCCCAUUAAUGCCAUCAAAAUAUGUGCCAGCAGAAAAAAAAGUGAAAAUCUUUCUUUAAAACAAAAUAUACCCAGUGUACCUGAAGAUAUAUCCAACGACAGUAGUGUAGCUCAUACUAUAACAGACGACAAUAUUAAAUUUGAAAAAUGUACUAACUUUUGUCACGCAUUAUGGCAAGAAGAUAAGACUGCUAAUGGAACAGAAAUUAUUAUUUUAUCUCAAGGUUGUUGGAAACAGUCUGGUGAACAAAAGUGUGAAACCACAGAGUGUAUUGCUCUUCAACGUUCUACCAAGGCAUUAAACAACACAAAAUUCUGUUGUUGUCAUGGAAAUUAUUGUAACCUUAAUAUCAAUAGUACUAAUCUUUUGUACUCUGAGAGCAAAGUACAUAAUUCUAUUCCUACAGAAAAUAAUCAACCAACAACUGAAUAUUUGGAACAAUCAGAUUCUGGAAGAUGGAUGCUUAUAAUAACAAGCAUCCUAGUUUGUGUACUACUAGCGAUAUGUAUCGUAGCGUUAAUGGUAUAUCGCAUGUACAAUACCAACAUGUUAUCAAGAUUAGGAAAACCACAUUCCUAUACAGAUCAGUUUAUGGACAGCACAGCACUAAGAACGGGUACUUACAGGGUAGAUCAUUUGAAACUUACAACGAUCGUAGGACAAGGACGAUAUGGUUCGGUAUGGCAAGGCAGUAUGGAAGACCAAGAUGUAGCUGUAAAAAUAUUUCCGUCUCAUUAUCGUAACUAUUUCCAAAACGAACGCGAUACUUAUUGUCUUCCCUUUAUGGAACAUUCGUCUUUAUUAAGUUAUUAUGGCGUCGAUGAAAGGGUUAACUUGGAGGGCAGCGUUGAAUAUCUUUUGGUACUUAGUUUUGCACCAGGCGGUACCUUGACUGAUUUCUUAAGAACUCAUAUAGUUGAUUGGACCACAUUAUGUAAAAUGGGUCUCUCUAUGGUAAAAGGACUUGCUUACUUACAUACCGAUAUACACAAAGGUGAUAAAUUCAAACCUUGCAUCGCGCACAGAGAUAUCAAUUCAAGAAACAUAUUAAUCAAAGCUGAUGGUACUUGCUGCAUAUGCGAUUUAGGAUUGGCAGUUCAAAUUGCUGGUUCUAAAUACUAUUCAAACGGAGAGGAACAACAUGCUGAGAUAAAAUCGAUUAAUGAUGUUGGCACUUUGAGAUAUAUGGCGCCCGAAGUAUUGGAAGGCGCGGUUAAUUUGCGAGAUUGCGAAAGCUCUUUAAAACAGAUAGAUGUUUAUGCAAUGGGCCUAGUGCUAUGGGAAUUAGUUUCAAGAUGCUCUGACAUUUACAUGCCAGGAUCUGAAGUACCUCCGUAUAGACAACCGUACGAAAAAGAAAUUGGUCUUCAUCCGACGUUCGAACAAAUGCAAGUCUUAGUUUCCCGUAAUAAAGCUAGACCUUUGCUAGAAGGUAAUUUAGUAGACAGACCGGGAGUACGUUUGAUCAGAGAAACUAUGGAAGACUGCUUGGAUGCAGAUGCGGAGGCUCGAUUAACCGCUUUAUGUAUAGAAGAACGUCUUUCAGAGCUACAAUCUCAUCGCGUGACUAUGCACUUCACCGAUGGAAGUCCAAUGGUAAACUCCCAUUGCACCUUAGUGCCUUCGACUACAAACAGUCUUUACAGCGAGAUUUCGCAUCACGACAAUGCUCACGUCGCUCAUCUAUCAUUGCACAUGGUACAAGACAAUUCAAGUAACGAGGGUGGCAUUGUUGAGAAUUUGAUAACAUUAUCACCUUCCGAAAGUAUUGUCCACGAACAUAGUUUUAAAAAUUCAAACGAAGUAGCAAUAUAUAACCAUACUCAGACACUUCAACCUUAUCAAGGGCGGAAUCCAUGCAUGGAAAGAAAUUUAAUGUUACAGUCGGAUUCAUUCGAAGAGCUAGGAUGUAACGGUAAUGUACUCGUCGAUAAAUCCAUGAAGCACGCAUGUAACGAUCAAUACAGAAUUGUCUCAGAAGCGCAAGGUCUCGUUUCCCAUGAUUAUUUGAGCCAACAUACGACGCAAUUGACCCAGCUAAGACCAGCUACCCCUAUACCAUAUGUUCAGAACGUUAUCUCCGACGAUGCUACGUCGUCGUAUGGUAAACGCAAACAAACAAAUGUACACGAGGUCUGUUCCCAAGAAAGUCCUAGAAAAAAGCUAUUCGGAUGGCCCAACUUUAAGAAGUUGCUAGUUAACAAAAAAAUGUACCCUUACAAUAAAUACCAAAUAGAUCGAGAGGAUUCUAAAUCGAACUUACUAUCGAAACAGAACGUGCAAAUCAAAACGGUCGAAACGAACGUAACGAUAUCUCCAGGAGGGAAAUAUGUGAAUGGUAUUAUCGCUAAAACACCGACUUCUACCACUCCGUUAGAUAAGAACGAUAAAAAUGCUGUACAAAUUGGCAAGCAGAAAUUAGAAAAUGACAACAAUACGAACAUUCGACCAUCUACUUUGCCCCUUGUAAAUUUAAGAAAUAAAAAAAGUGAGAACAAUCUCAGUAGACAGGAAAGUAUCGACAAAUUCAACGAAGUCUUUAACGUGGGAUCGAACGUGAACGUGUUAAAGGAUCCACAUAUGAGAAUAAAAACCCCAGGCGACUUGCCACCCUCCGUAAGAAAGGUUCGUGGUCGCGGGCAGUCAACUGCAAGAUUCUCUCUCUACGACGAUAGAAUGAUGUGCAAUAUAUUGAGCGAGGAAGAUGAUCGAAGCGACAAAGCGAUUUGGAAUUCUGUACCAUUUGGUAUGGAUUUCGGCGACAGUAACGAAAAACAUUCGCCGACUAAACUCAGUACCAAAAACGUUACUUACCGCUUGAACACGAGUCGCGCAAACCAUCAAUUUUUUGAAUGUUUAAACAGUAAAAAGUUACUCGUUAAAAGAAGAUUUAACAUUAUGUCUAUCAUCACAGUUUUGAAACAUAAUAUCAACUUAAACACGUUAUCAUCGGUGCACGCUUUUAAGAACGCGCGGUUUUUCUCGACGCAUUUGAAAUUUGCAGAACAUAAACCGCUGGAAAAGAUUCGAAAUAUCGGUAUAUCCGCCCACAUUGAUUCUGGGAAAACUACGUUGACAGAACGUAUACUAUUUUAUACUGGAAGAAUAGAACAGAUGCACGAGGUAAGAGGUAAGGAUAACGUUGGAGCAACAAUGGACAGUAUGGAAUUAGAAAGACAAAGGGGUAUUACAAUUCAGUCAGCAGCAACAUAUACUCUAUGGAAAGAUCACAAUAUUAACAUCAUUGACACUCCUGGUCAUGUUGAUUUUACUGUAGAAGUAGAGAGAGCAUUACGUGUCUUAGAUGGAGCUAUACUUGUAUUAUGCGCAGUAGGUGGUGUUCAAUCUCAAUCGAUGACUGUAAAUCGUCAAAUGAAGAGGUACAAUGUACCUUGCUUGGCAUUUAUCAAUAAAUUAGAUAGGAUGGGUGCAAAUCAUAAGAGAGUAUUGGAACAAUUACGUGGCAAACUAUUCCACAAUGCUGCAUUUCUACAACUGCCAAUUGGUUUAGAAGGUAAUAACAAAGGCAUAGUGGAUAUAAUCACUGAGAAAGCUCUAUAUUUUGAAGGAGACUAUGGUAGCACUGUUAGAGAAGAUGAAAUUCCAGCAGACAUGAGAGCAGAGGUCAAGGAUCGAAAACAAGAAUUAAUUGAGCAUUUAAGUAACGUCGACGAUAAACUUGGGGAAAUGUAUUUAAAUGAAACACAAGUUGUUGAACAGGACAUAAAAGAUGCUAUUAGGCGAGCGUGUAUGAAAAGAGCUUUUACACCAGUAUUGGUUGGAACUGCUUUAAGAAAUAAGGGUGUUCAACCCCUGUUGGAUGCAGUUUUGGAUUAUUUACCAAACCCUGGAGAAGUCGAAAAUUAUGCACUUAAGAUGGACGGAAAGGAAGCUACAAAAGUAAUUUUAAAUCCCGAAAGAAGCGAUAAUAAUCCUUUUGUUGGAUUAGCAUUCAAAUUAGAAGCUGGUAAAUUCGGUCAAUUGACAUACUUCCGUUGUUACCAAGGGAGGCUGAGUAAAAGUGAAAACAUAUACAACACAAGAACAAAUAAAAAGGUCCGAAUACCCCGGUUAGUACGACUCCAUUCGAAUCAAAUGGAAGACGUGAACGAAGUUUACGCCGGAGAUAUUUUCGCUGUGUUUGGUGUCGACUGCGCGUCAGGUGACACGUUUGUCAAAGAUUCUGAUCUCUUGAUAUCCAUGGAAUCUAUUUUUGUACCUGAACCUGUAGUAUCUAUGUCUAUUGAGCCAAAGAAUUCACAGCAAAGAGAUAACUUUGCAAAAGGCAUCAGGCGAUUCACCAAAGAAGAUCCGACUCUCAGAUUUGAAUAUGUCGUCGAUAACAAGGAAUCUAUCAUUUCUGGGAUGGGGGAGUUGCAUUUGGAAAUUUACGCGCAAAGGCUUGAGCGAGAAUACAAUUGUCCCAUUGUGCUUGGAAAACCAAAAGUUUCAUUCCGGGAAACAUUGCGGGAACCUAUCAAAUUUGAUUAUUUGCAUAAAAAACAGUCAGGUGGAGCCGGUCAGUAUGCCCGAGUAACUGGGAUAAUAGAGCCAUUGCCAGCUUAUGAGAAUACGAAUGUCGAGUUCGUCGAUGAAACGGUAGGACCAAACGUUCCGAAACAGUAUAUCCCUGGUAUAGAAAAAGGUUUCAGAUUUAUGUGUGAGAAGGGAGUCCUCACUGGUAAUAAAGUGGCCGGUAUCAAAUUUAGAUUACAAGACGGUAUGCAUCAUAUCGUCGAUUCCUCGGAGUUUGCGUUUUUCCAAGCAGCGCAAGGUGCAAUGAGAGACGUGUUCGAAGAUGGUUCGUGGUAUCUUCUGGAGCCAAUUAUGAACGUAGAGGUGACCGCUCCGAUAGAGUUUCAGGGACUAAUUAUAGGGCAAAUUAGUAGACGAAACGGUAUCGUAGUUGACACGGAAACUGCCGAAGGAUGGUUUUCGAUAGUCGCGGAAAUACCAUUAAACGAGAUGUUUGGUUACGUCGGCGAAUUGAGAUCUUGCACCCAAGGUAAGGGUGAAUACACCAUGGAAUAUUCGAGAUAUAGUCCAUGUUUACCGGGCGUAGAGGAACAAUUGAUAAGACAAUAUCAAGAAGCGAAUAAUAUAGUUCCCGACGAAAAAAAGGACAAGAAGAAAAAUUAACGAAAGAUCGACGUUCGCGUUAAUGUAGAAUUUAAUUUGAUUCUGUAAUAUAUACACGAUGUCUCUGAAUGGCUUUGAAUGUUUGAAUAGCUUUGUAAAUACUAGUAUGAAUGUACGAAACACGUUGAUACGAAAUUAUUAGGUUGUUUCGAAAGUUUCUUUCGCGCGUUGCACUCAAUUAUUUUAUGUGGUCGUGUUUCUAUAAAUAGACAAUCUAAUUUCGUAGAUAUUCAUGUUGUAACAGUAAUGGAGCAAAAUGAAUCGUGCACAAUUCAGUAAUGUAACAUGAAACAAACUAUUGUGAAUGUAUCAUUUAUUAAUCAAGCGAAAGAAACUUUUGAGACAACCUAAUACUUCACACAACUUUGUGACUAAGUCUGUAGGUAGUCAACGACGAAAAUAUAGACGAAUGAUUAGUAUUAACUUGCUCGUGUUACGUUGGACUUUGCUAAAUAAACAUUUAAUAUUUA